AUGAAUUUCAAGAAUGUGAAUAUUCCAAAUGUUCUGGGUGGUGGUGCGGCUUCUGCUUUGAUCAAGUUUGGAGCAAUUGCUGGGCUUGGCAUAUACGGAGCUGCUAAUAGUCUCUACAAUGUUGAAGGAGGAAAUCGAGCUAUUGUUUUCAACCAUAUUAUUGGCGUCAAAGAUAAGGUUUACACUGAAGGAACGCACCUAAUGAUCCCUUGGUUUGAAAGACCAAUCAUAUAUGAUGUUCAUGCAGGACCCCAUCUGGUGGAGAGCACUUUGAGUAGUCGUGAUCUCCAUAUGGUAAAAAUUGGUCUUCAAGUUCUUUGA